AGACAGACACAUAUUCUCUCUCACUACAUAACCGAGGAUGGAAAGGAAAUAUUAAAAAGGAAAGAUAACAGCAUUAACACAGUAACACAUACACACUUCCCCUCUCUCCUUCUCUCCUCCAAAGCCUCCAACAUUUUUAUCCACCUCAAAAACAACCACACUAGCUCUCACAUCCCUUCACUCACCUCUCUCCCAUUCUCUCCCACAACCUCUAGAUCUCUUGGAAGCUUCUUUCUUCGUUCAAUGGCUCUUAUGCUGGACAAUUGCGAAGGCAUCUUACUCUCUUUAGAUUCCCACAAAUCUGUGCCAGCGCCCUUUCUCACCAAGACCUACCAACUGGUGGACGACCCAGCCACUGAUCACAUCGUCUCUUGGGGUGAAGACGACACUACCUUCGUGGUGUGGCGUCCUCCUGAGUUCGCUCGCGAUCUCCUUCCCAAUUACUUCAAACACAACAACUUCUCAAGCUUCGUCAGACAGCUCAACACCUAUGGUUUUAGAAAGAUUGUACCGGAUAGAUGGGAGUUUGCCAACGAGUUCUUCAAGAAAGGAGAGAAGCACUUACUCUGCGAGAUCCAUAGAAGAAAAACCUCACAACCUCAAGUGCCCAUGAACCAUCACCACCAUCACCAUUCUCCACUUGGUGUCAAUGCUGGACCUGGCUUCUUUCCCUUCCCUGGCCGAGUAAGCAUUUCUCCGCCUGACUCCGACGACCAAGCCAAUUGGUGUGAUUCCCCGACUCUCUCCUCCCCAACAGCAGCAACUGGAGUUUCGGUCGUUAGUGGUGGCUAUAACAGCUCCGUCACGGCGUUGUCUGAGGAUAAUGAGAGACUCCGGCGAAGUAACUCCAUUCUCAUGUCUGAGCUAGCUCACAUGAGAAAGCUUUACAAUGACAUUAUCUACUUUGUGCAAAACCAUGUGAAGCCUGUUGCUCCCAGUAAUUCCUACCCAUCUUCUUUAGUUAUCUGUAACCCACCCUCUUCUGCUACUACCGCUGCUGCUACUAUUACUUGCAGCAGUACUGCAAUGGUGCAAAAGCCUCUGAACCAGUUACUUGGCUGUUAUCAGUCCAACCCUAAGCAAGCUCCUCGGAAUCAUGGUAUGGGUUCCUUCAACUCUAGUACUACUACAUCGUCAAAGAGCUCUUUAACCGUGUUGGAAGAAACCAACGGCAGUAGCUGUCGAACUAAGCUGUUUGGUGUGCCUCUUCAAUCCAAGAAGAGAUUGCACCCAGAGUAUGCUUCUACUACUACGAGCAUGGAGACUAACAAGGCUCGAUUGGUUUUGGAUAAGGAUGAUUUAGGGUUGAAUCUCAUGCCUCCUUCUCCUUGUUAGCUUCCUCACAUCCAUUGAAGGAUCUAAAAGUAUCUUUUGUUUUUCUUUUUCACUAUUUUUGUUUCUAAUUUAUUUUUUAUUUUCAUGUUUGAUUGUCUUCUUCUUCUCUGGGUCUUGACUCUUGAGAGUCUGAUAUUGUUGAUGAAAUGUGUGUGUGUGUGUGUGUGCGUGCGUGUGGGUGUUUGUGACAGUGUAUAUAAACUUUAGUACCGGUAUUAUCUGGUUCCCCCAGCCAUGAAUGCAGGUGGGUUUUGGUUAGAGUGAAGAUCAAAGCAAGUUUAAAUCCCUCCA